UCUAUUUGCCAGGAGGUGAUGGGACCAGUGGCCAUGAUCUUGGUUUUUUUGAUGUUAAGCUUCAGACCCUAUUUUGCGCUCUCCUCUUUCACCCUCAUUAAGAGGUUCUUUAAUUCCUCCUCACUUUCUGCCAUCAAGGUUGUGUCAUCAGCAUAUCUGAGGUUGUUGAUAUUUCUUCUGGCAAUCUUAAUUCCGGCUUGGGACUCUGUUUAUCCCCAAAUUGCACAGAAUAAGGUGUUGAGGCUACACCUGGACUCAUCCAUGUUGGGAUGUUUAACUCCUGAAUAAUCAGAAUAAUCCAAACAGAUGAAGGCGGCAGUGUUCGAAAUUAGCCAGGCACAUUUUGCGCCUGGCUUUCAACCACUUGUGACCAAUUGAAGAUGACUGGGCGCCAGGAGGGCACCUGACAUCUCCACCAUCUGGGGAUCAUUGGAUCUGGACAUUUUAUCUAUACAAUCAGGGUGAAUUUAUUGAACCAAAAAUGUGUUUUCUGUGCAGCCUGAGCAGGAAGAGUCCCCACUAAGAAAAAGAGGUCGGAAUAGGCCUAUAUGUUGGCUGUCCCUGGAUCAAGUGACUUUUCAGUUCUCAAAGCUCUUAACCUAGCUCAAGUCAGUCCUCUGAACUUGCCAGACAUUUAACUGAGAAUCGAUCACAGCCAGUCCAUCGUUUGGAAAAUAAGACUUUUGAGCCAUUUGGCCCCAAAACGGCAACUUGACAUUCUUGUUUUGGCUGUUUUGGGACUACAAUUCCCAUAAUCCCUGACCACUGGUCCUGUUAGCUAGGGAUGAUGGGAGUUGUAGUCCCAAAACAGCUGGAGGGCCAAGUUUGGCCAUGUCUGAUUUAAGGAGUCUUUCUGCACCUAGCUUAUAUAUCUGAGUUUCUAACACAGGAAGGAAGGCGACUUAAGGUCACCUUGAGGGGUGAGGGGUGCUAGAUUUGGAUAGGUUUUAAAAAAUUUUGAGAUUUACUGUUGUUGUAGUAGUAGUAGUAAUAAUAAAAAUAAUUUAUACUCCGCCCAUCUGGCUGGGUUUCCCCAGCCACUCUGGGUGGCUUCCAACAAAAUAUUAAAAUACAAUGGUCUGUUAAACAUUAAAAGCUUCCCUAAACAGGGCUGCCUUCAGAGGUCUUCAGGCUUCUCAGUGCAGGCACCGAAUUCAUUUGGAAUGAUAACCAAAAGCCUCUUUAGACAAACGGUACUAGAUGUACUAAAUUGACAUAGUGGUCAUUUCCACCAAGUAGUUUACAUUGGUUAACAAGUCAAAAGCAGCAGCAACUAUGAGAAAUACCUGUUGUUCCCCUCGAAACUGCAAUGCCAAAAAGCUUUUGCCAGACUCUUGUUUUGAACAGAUGGAAUCAAAGGUUCAUCUGGGGAGAUUUGGAGGCAUCCCAGUCCAAGACGGAUUAUGUAUCUGUGGGGCAGCAGAUUUAACGCGGAAGCUGUCCAAGAUGGAGAGGCAGCGUUUCAGCGAGGAGGUGGAGAUGCUGAAGGGCCUCCAGCACCCGAAUAUCGUCCGGUUCUACGACUCGUGGAAGUCUUCGGUGAAGGGGCAGGUCUGCAUCGUCCUGGUCACUGAACUCAUGACCUCGGGCACCCUCAAAACGUAUCUGAAGCGCUUCAAGGAGAUGAAGCUAAAAGUACUUCAGCGCUGGAGCAGACAGAUCUUGCGGGGUCUCCAUUUUCUCCACACGCGAUCGCCUCCGAUCAUCCACCGCGACCUGAAAUGCGACAACGUCUUCAUCACGGGGCCCACGGGAUCCGUCAAAAUCGGGGACCUUGGUCUGGCCACACUCAAGCGGGCAUCAUUUGCCAAGAGUGUCAUAGGAACCCCAGAAUUCAUGGCGCCAGAGAUGUACGAGGAGAAAUAUGACGAAGCAGUGGAUGUUUAUGCCUUUGGCAUGUGCAUGCUGGAGAUGGCGACCUCAGAAUACCCCUACUCAGAAUGCCAGAAUGCAGCUCAGAUCUAUCGCAAGGUCACCUCGGGCAUCAAGCCCAGCAGUUUUCACAACGUGAAGGUGCCUGAACUGAAGGAGAUCAUUGAGGGCUGCAUCCGGAUGAACAAGUAUGAAAGAUACACCAUCAAAUAUCUCCUGGCCCACUCCUUCUUCCAAGAGGACACGGGAGUCCAUGUGGAGCUGGCAGAAGAAGACGAUGGCGUGAAGUCCAACCUGAAGCUGUGGCUGAGGAUGGAUGACACAAAGAAGCUCCACGGGAAGUAUAAGGACAACAACGCCCUGGAAUUCCGAUUCGAGCUCUACAAGGAUGUGGCCGAGGAAGUGGCCCAGGAGAUGGUGGUCUUGGGCUUUGUGUGCGAGGCCGACUAUAAGCUGGUGGCCAAAGCGGUGCGCGAGCGAGUCCUGGCCAUCAAGCGCCAGCGCGAGAAGGCCAAGCAGGCCCAGGAGGAGCAGAGGCGACACGAACAGGCUCCUGACAUCCUUCAUCUGCUGGACCUAGACUCUCCGCCCCCUCUCAGCCCUGCUCAGCCCUCAGCACCCACCACGCCCGGAUCCGGGGAUUCUGCACUCGGGCCAACUUUUCCCCCUGAGCCAGAAGAACCAGAGGUCGACCAGCACCAGCCUUUCCCAUAUCAGCAUGGCUAUUCCUCAGCCACAUCUGAUUGUGAGACGGACGGAUACCUGAGCUCCUCUGGAUUUGUGGAUUUGUCCGACUUGCCCCAGAGCUGCUCCAGCCCCCCAGUUGCCCCUGAGCAUUCCUUUGCUUCGACCAUUGCUGUGAGCGUGAACCCAAUCUCCAUCAGCGACUUCCCUUCCCCGGGGGACAGCUAUGCGUCCGACGUGGCGUCUGGCUUGAGCGAUGGUUACGAGGGUAUCUCUGCGAGCGAGCGCCGAGCGAAGCCCCUGCCCAAGAGGGGGUCUGGAAGACUGCCGCGUCGCCGGGCCCGAUCUCGCCUACGCAUCACAAACAUGCCAGUCCAGAAUGACCGGGUGGUUGAGUGCCAGCUGCAAACGUACAACAACAAGAUGGUGACCUUCAAAUUUGACUUGGAUGGAGACAGCCCAGAGGAGAUUGCAGCUGUCAUGGUUGCCAAGGAAUUCAUCUUGAAAUCGGAACAGGAGGGAUUCAUCCGGAGAAUCCGUGAUAUUAUCCAGCGUGUGGGGACCCUCCUGAGCAAAGACCUGGGGGCUCUGGGCAGCCCUGAAGCAGGGAGCCUGUCCCCAAUUUUGGCUGCUGAUGGACUCUCGGGUGAGCUGCCUCGGCAAGGCCUCUCGCGCUCCAUCUCUUCAUCCUCAUCUCUUAGCGAUUUUGGUUGCUCCAGCCCUGGGCAGUCGGUCACGUCCCCCGUCCAAGUUUCUCUGGUAGACACCGUCUUUGAGAAUGAGUCCUACAGCUCCAGGGUUCCCCCUCCAAGUACCCAGAACUUUGGCCUGCCUCUGCUUUCAACAGUACCCACAGGUGUCCCCUGCGUGCCGGCACAGACCUGGCCGCCUUACCACAUGGUGCCGACCACUCCUGCCACGCCUCCGUACCUCUUCCCUGUUCCCCAGCCCAUUGCCCCGCUGAGCCCCCUCCUCCCCGCGCUGUCCCUGCCCCCGCCGCCUACCCCACCAAUCGCCCCCGCCGUGCAGCCUCCCAUCGCCCCGCUCUGGACCCCCUCCACGUCCCCACUGCUCUCUCUCGCCAACGUCUUCUCCCUGGCGGUGAUGAGCGUGGCUCAGUCCCUUCUUCCCGCCGUGACCGCGGCUUCCGCCCAGGCGGGGCCUCUCUACACCUCGCCGGUCUCGCAGUCGCCCGUGCUCUACCCGCCUAGCCCAGCUCCCGCGCGAUUCGUCUACCCUGAGGUCAUGGUGACUCCUGCCAAGCCGGCCCAGCUAGCCAACGGGGCAUUGGGGGUGCCAGUGCCUCCAGGCUCUCUGCCACCCCUGAGUACGCCAACCACCGGCAGGCCUGACGAUGGCAUGGUGCCUCCUGCCGCCUCCUGGUCUGGGUCCCAGCUCAGUGUGUCAGAUUCUUCCACCUCCAAGCUUCCGCCACCUUGGCUCUCGCCCAUCAAUGAAGAGCCCAAGCCCCAGAUCCUGGGCCGCUUCCAGGUGACCCCCACCCGGGAUGUGCUCCCCGAGAAUCCCCCAAGGGCCGACAGCACUGGCUCUUCCAGCACCACAGAGUCGGACAGCGGGUCUCUGGGCGGGACACCGGUACAGGACGCCGAGGAGGGCACCACGCCCGUGGCGGAAGCAGAAGGGGAAGGGGAGGUGCAACCCAGCCCCCCCGUCUGGAUGAGCUUUUCCCACAGCCUCCCCUACGCGAGCAGCGACGACUCGGACAGCCCCGAGGACGAGGUCUGGGACGAGCUGCAGGCCUUGCGCCAGAAGCACCUCUCUGAGGUUGAAGUUCUCCAGGCCCGGCAGAAGAAGGAGAUCGAGGAGCUGUACGCCCGCCUGGGCAAGGUGCCGCCCGCUGGGAUCGUGUCUCCCGCCGACAUGCUCUCCAGCCGCCAGCGCCGCUUCUCCAAGGCAAACCCCUUUUCGCGCCGCAGCAGCCUGCAGCGGCUGGACUCGGCACAACCUCAGGGGAUCAUGAGGAGGAAUUCUGUAAGCGGUGGGAGCACAAACUCUUUCCAGGAACAGCGACAGAGCAAAGGUGUGAAGUUCGCCAGUGAUAUCGGAUGCAUGUAGCAGCUGUGGACACUUUUUGGACUACCUCAGCCUGCUGCCCACCAACGAAAGGACAGGAGAAGGCGGCGAAGGGUCCUAUGCCUUACACUCCCAAUGUCAAGGCCAGCAGCCAUCGACGUAGGAAAUUUCCCACGGCGGAAAGAAUGGACGAGCUGCCUCUGCGCAACUUACAGAUGCCAAGCGAGCACCGGGGAUAGCAGCCCAAGACUACGGACUUUCCCUCCCCCCAUAAGACUUUGUGUCUGCAGAGAGAAGCCAAGCCCCGGUUGUUUGGGGGUGCGUUUUUGUGGGGAAGCCUGAGCUGGUGUGCCUUUCCUGCUGCUUCUGCCUCGCAAAGGAGCAUCACUGUAUAAACGGAAUCAGGAUGUCGCCUGUUCUGUAUGUGCUAUGGGACAGGGUCUGCACAUGGACGGUGGAGGGUGUGUGUGCCCAAGGCCAAAGCGCUUAGAAAACUUUAAGGAGCUGCCUUAAGAGAGGAAAUUUGCAGAAUUUGUGCCUCAGUGUUAAAGGGAUUGGGGAGGGGGCCCUCUCUUUCUUGCUUCCCUUAGCCUUAGCCCCCCCCCCCCCGCUCAGCUCCUGCCUCUAACAGCAGCGGCACUACGUGUGGCCUCCUCUUUGCACUAUUUUUACAAAAAAAAAGCACCAAACCAAAACCCUGACCCUGAUUGGGACAAUGAACUGCUUGGGCUCAUUCUUUUACUUGCAUGGGAGCCUGCACUUUGGAAUGAAACACUGAUGCUUUCUCUUUUGUGUAUGAUUUUUUUUAUUAUUACACACACACACACACACACACACACACUUUCAUUUUGGAAUAGAUAAUGCAUCUGUGUUUUUCGGUGAUUAAUAAAUCAAAACAACCUCAAACUCCCACCAAGCAACACCCGGGACGUAAGGGAAUUUUGCCUGUUAUACUCGGCACUCAGGACUGCUCUCCCCUUGAAGGACGGACAACACGCACCCUGCCAGGAAAGUCAACUCAAGUAGAACCAAAGUCAGUAAGCCAAUAUGCAUGCAGCUGGGAGUUUUCCAAGUUCCCUGAUCCUUCCCACCCCCAAUUACACUCUGAGCACACAAUUGCGUUGUCGAUACUGUACUGUCCUCCUAACUGAGAGGGGCAUAUUCUACAGAUGUCACGCACCACCCCACAAACCAAAAAUGAGUUAUGGAGACAUGACAUGAGGAGUGGAGGUGGGAAUGAUCUCCUGCAAACAAACCUCUCACAAUCUGGGGUACAGGAAAGUUUUAAUAGGUUCAGAAAGGGAGAGAUCACCAUGCCAGGCCGGUUGUCUAUGUGCUAAUUUCAACAGGUGUCCUCUGAGCAACACUUGAGUUGAACACCACCCAUAGCUGCCGCAGCACGUUUUGCUACUCUGGUGGUUGUGCGCAAGUCUUUGGCUGCACACGGCAUACAGGGAAUCGUAGAACUGUAGAGUUGGAAGGGACCACAACAGUCAUCUAGUCCACCCCCAUGCAAUGCAGGAAUCUUUUGCCUAACACAAAACUCAAACCCAUGACCCUGGGACUAAGAGUCACAUGCUCUACCAACUUGGGGUGUGUGUGUCCAUUUUGCGGGGACUGAAAGGGUGCUAAUAUAAAGAAAUUUAGUAGACGUCCUCAGCCUCGCCUGACCCACACAUGCAAAAUCUGUGGUGGGUUGGAACUCCCAUCCAAGAAAACAGAAGGCAUAUACUGGAGAUGUGAGGCUGUUGACUUCUUUUCUUAAAGGAGCCACAGUAAGGGUUAAUUUUCCAAGGCGAAUGUUUUAUAUAAUGGACACCAAGAAGAAUAAGACAUUUGUGUGAUUGAAUACAAAUCCCUCCGCUUAAAAUACAGACGGAUUCUCUUUAAACAUCUGCUUAACUCUACUGGAAGAAAAAGUAGGCAUGUAAAUCUGCAGUAUUAAUCCCAUAAGCGUGUAGGGUAGCUGUCUGUAACUUAAGUUUACCCAAGACUUUUGCAAUGAAGUUCGUAAUUGUUCUUAGAAACAUCAUUUGGGGUUUGUUUGUUUUUUGGCAGGUAGGGUGAGUUUUUCAUGCAAGCAAGCUUCCACCAAUAGGCAAGUUCAAAAUGAGCACAAGUUUAAAUAGAGAUUAGCUCAGUUUAUGCUCUUAAAACACAGGUGUACCUUGAAGGGCAGGUAAUAAAGAUUGCAAGAAAGAAUUCUGCAUCACCUCCAAAAUAGAACCUUGGUAUAUCUUCAUAUCUCUACCAGAGAUCAAUUGCAGAGCUGCUAUCUUCAAGAAUGCCUCAGUUUUUUUGCAAAAUCUCCAGAAAACAAGUAGUUUUAACCUAUAUCUUAGGAAAAUUGCCCCCCCCCCAAAUCAUCACUUCCGAUAUGGGCUUCCAUAUGCCCAGGUUUUCCCGGACAUUUCAGCCACUUUCAGAAAAUUCCGCCCAGGUACCAUUUCAAAGGACGAAUCCCGGCUGUGACAUAUGGCAGCCCUAUGAACGGCCCCAAAUUAUUCAGGGUGGCGAGAAACGAAAUGGGUUGCAAGGCACUCCAGAAGAAAAUCUUCAAACUGAGUGAAUGGGUGACAAAUUGGCAAACGAAGUCCAAUGUAAACUGCUGCACACUGCAGCAAAAAAUAAUUAUCAUAAUUUCACAUAUACACAUCAUGAUGUUUCUGCUGACGAUGACUGACCAGGAAAGGCAUCUUGGGGUCUGAGAGGUUAGCUCAAUGAAAACAAAACCAGGGUGCAGCAGCUGUGAAAAAGGCCAAUUCCAUAGUGCGGAUCAUCAGGAAAAGGCUCGAAAGCCAAAACUCUUAAUUCCUUUAUACAAACACAAGGUGCAGCUGCAUUUGCAAUACCGUGUACCUUUCUGGUAGCCAAUGCAGAAAAGUGCAAACAAAAUUAUCAGGGAGCUGGAGUACCUCCACAAGGGAAGGUGACAAAAUUUGGGUUUUAGUUCAGGAAAUAAAGGCAAGUAAGGGGACACAAUAGUUCAUAAAAUUACUGUAUACGAUUGGGAGAAAAUGCAGAGGUUUCUCAUAAUGCUAAAGCUGGUGGUCAUCUGAAGAGCUGAACGGCGAGACAUUAAGGACAAGCAAAAGGAAGGACUUCACAUAGCACAGGUUUUUCUAAGUAGCUGCCACAAGUGGUGACAGACACUGGGCAGCUUAAUCGACAAUCUAGAUGAAGGUAUCCAAGGGAUUACUUCUGAGUAGCCAUAUAUACCAUUCUUCUGGGCAGAACAUGCUGACAGCUUACAUUUUAAGUUAAGGCAGGUGGGCUUGAUUUGCAAAUGCCAGAUUUGUUGGUGCACGGGUGAACUUUUAAUUGCACUAACUGUUCUCUUAAACAGAAGGGAUUUCUGAUCCCUGAAUUCCAUUAUGUGCAUUUAGUUGCACAUCCCUGAAUUCAAUUAUCUCUAUUUAAAAAAGAAGAAACCAGGAAAUUAAUGGAACUAGAUGAGCUCCCUCCAAAGAGCAGUGGGAGAAGGCAGCACUUAAUUUCAUAGCCACAUUUUAUUAAUAUUGUAGAGGCUUCCAUUAACAAAACCAACAAGUGAUAGGGAGAACAAACAGAUUGAGCAGAGGUUAGUGGUGGGGCAACAAAGGUUUGGCACUUCAUAAAUGCAGCCAGAAAAGACUGACACAGUACUUGUUCUGUAUCAACGAGUUCAGUUGUCUUGGGAAGCAGGUGUUCAUAAGUUAACAUAACAAUGUUAGUAGGUUAAGAUACCUUUGCUUUGCUCUAUCCUGUUCUAAACUGUUCCAGUGCUGAAAUUACUGUUGCAUCUUUUGUGUGGAGGGAGCAAGGCUCUGAAGUCUUGCGUUGCUGAAGCCUGGACUGCAAACAAUACAGUCAGUCCAGCUUCAGCUAAAUGGAAAAUUCCCUCCCUCCCCCCCCCCUUAAGCCUCUUAAGAGAAUUGUGCAUCUGCCAAUUGCCUUGUCUGGCUCCAAGCCAGUCACUGCUUUAAUGAUUUACUAGCCCCAAAUACUACUUAUGGGAGACAAUAACAGCAACAACACAGCUGUGAAAGCAGCACAGCACACACACAAUACGAUGCCCUGGAACAGAGCUGGUCAGAGUUCAUAACAGUUGUUCUUGGUUGAUAGGACAAGCCAAGCUGAUUAUUCUAGUGGAAAACAAACUCUCAGCAUACCUACUGGAGGAGGUACAGAGAUCUUUCCUGAGGACCGUACUUUUUAAAUUUCAUAAGCAGGAAAGGUUCAUUGAAUGUCCAUAAAAUGUAGCACAGUGGAUCAAGGUCAUUUUUCCAAGUCUCUGGAACCGGAACCCACCCCUGCAACCAUGCUUUGAAUAAGAGCCUGCAGGUCCUAAUCUACACCUCAUUAAGACCUGUACUAUUUUCACUUCUGAAUGUCAGUGGUUUUGCUGUGAAACUAGCUGAAACUGACAUGUGACCAGCACAAUACUCACCUAUCAAAUCUUUUAAACUGCGUAUUUCAUCCUAUGUAGUAGUACAUAGUCCUGUCUGUGCUACCCUGAGAAAAGAAAUAAGCAGCUCCUUGUAAACAUAAUCCACAUAACUGAUUUAUUGUUCUUUCACAUUAAAUACAGUAUCUGAAAUUGUUAGGAGGCUUUGACAUGUUAUGCAUGGCAAAGAGUUUGUAGACAGAUGAAGAAGCCUCUGAGCAGCAGGGGGGGGGCAUCAAUGCCCCAGGUCACUAUGCCAACACAUCCUCAGUUGGCAUCACAGAUGGCAUCCUAUUCCCGUGCUUCUUAAAGUGGAAGUACUCCGUCACCCUCAUUCCGCUGAAGCCUUUGCUCUUCGGGCCUGCAUGACUUCGGCAUCCCGUUCUAUUUCAUCCAAGAAGCGUUCUUGGGAGAUGGAAUGAAUGGUGUAGGCAU